GGCAGUAGGAGUAGUAGUAGGACCCACCGAACGCAGAAGCAAAACGCCCCCAACCUCUGCGCCGCCGCCGUUCCCGUUCUCCCCCCGCCUUCCUCCGCCGUUGCGCUCGCGCCCUCCUCGUCGCCCACCGACCGCGACCUUCCUCGCCAGUUCCGGUCAACCGGAGGCGGCGCCAUGUCCCAGAACAACCCCUCCCAGCUCCUCCCAUCAGAGCUGAUCGACCGGUGCAUCGGGUCCAAGAUCUGGGUGAUCAUGAAGGGGGACAAGGAGCUCGUCGGCACGCUCUGCGGCUUCGAUGUCUACGUCAACAUGGUGCUGGAGGACGUCACCGAGUAUGAAUACACGGCUGAAGGGCGUCGCAUUACAAAACUUGACCAGAUACUGCUGAACGGCAACAACAUAGCGAUAUUGGUUCCUGGUGGUUCACCACCCGAUGUGUAAUGAGCUUGUCCUGUCACAAUUGCGAAGGCAGCUUGGUGAACUCUGCACCUUAUGUUGGUCAGAAGCAUUGAAUGUUUUCUCAUCUCAAAUGUGUUUCUCCUGUUCGUGAUUGUACCGAAGUUUAUUAGCAAGUCUGUCAACAUGGAAGCUCUCUCCUGUAUUGAACUUACUGACCUCAGUAGAGGACUUGCAAUUGCAUAUGCUUAUAUGAUUGGCUAUGCUAAUUCUGAUGCUCAUCA